GCAGCCCCAUCCAUGCCCAUGCCACACGAGAACACAGCAAUUCCUUUUCUCUCUUCCAAAACUUCCAUUACCUAUACUUACAUGAACUUCUUCCACUUCCAUGACCAUCUAACCAGCACAUUCGCUGCUCCGUAUUCUUGUAUCCAGAUCACUUGCUUCAGGUCCAUCGAGUCACUCGUUUGAGCGCGUCAAAAAGUCUUUGCUUCUUUUCCUCUUCGACUAAAUUUUCGAUAAUUCGUCCUGUCCCCGACCUCCUCACCACCAGCUCUACUCAAAUAGCUCUCCCGGUUUUCUACGACUUCAUACUGCGUAAUAGAAACGAUUUUUCUUUUCUCGAUAUAGCUUCGACGACACGAUAUAUAAUACCAGACAUUCCAAAGUCUCCAACAUCUCUUCGCGUUUCCUCCGAACGCGAAUUUAAUUAAUACCCCCUCCAACCGCAACCACGGCUUCCACACUCGCUCCCUAUCGGGCUUCGCCCAUGGCCAUCGACCACCUUCGACCGUCUUCGAGAGACCAGCGAGAGCUUCCUUCCCUGAAAAGGACACACUCGGACGAUGGAAGGCAGUCGCUACCCCCAAUGGAUCCCAUCUCUCGUCCUUCCUCGACUUCGACGCAGAAUUCCAGCAUUCAUCAUAGUGCCUCGCUGCCACAACUCCCUGGACUCUCGGCACUUGCUUCCAUGGCUUCAUCGUCCCUUCCACCACAAUUGAGGUACGUUUUUCAUGUUUACAUAUUUGGGUGGCGAUUGCGAUUAUCGGUUAUGGUUGUGGUUUGUGGUCAUCAGGGGGGUUGUUUACAGUUCUUACCGAGAAGGAAGAGGUGAAUGCUCAUGAGAGAGGAAGGGGCUGUCGAAAGAUUCACUUCCUUCCGUCGUUGUUCCAAUACGCUCAGAAAAAUCAAGUUAUGCAAACCAUGGUUGUUCUAGGGGUUUGGGAUAAUUGACUGGAUGUCCAAGUCCUUUUGGUCAAUUGAUAGACAUACGCUCAUCACUCUCGGUUGGCGAUAAUCCUUGCAGAAGGGGGAUAGUGUUCAAGAUGACAUAAAUGAAGAGAGGUGGAUGCUAAUUGUCUCGCAGGGGGUUCAAUGUAGGACCUAGUGUCAAUAUGGGAUUCCCGACCUCAUCGCCCUCAGCAACAUCGGGAGGAGGCCAAAGCAAUUCACCUGUAAGUUGCAAUGUUCUUAUUCUCUUCUGUCUAUUCACUAGCGAGAUGGCUGUGAGAUAAGCUACUCGGUCCCUGCAUCCGUACUCUCAUCUCUCGAGUCCAUCUCUCCCUUGCAACCCAGAGUAUCCUGGGAUGAUACAAAAUAUUCCUUGCGAAGGUGUACUUGGUACGGGAGACGAAAAUAUCGUCUCUCAUUUUCCGAUGCUCGAAACCUCCAACAAUACUUUGCAUUAUCCCAGGCAAGUCCACACAGCAUUGAUUGCCACCAACAGCGAAAUUGGCAUACGUACCUGCCCAUCCCAUCUUUUGUUGUUCUGGUCUAGUGGCUUGGACUUGGGCUACCCUACCAGCGCUAUCGCCUUUCCGGAGCAGAUAGGAGGUGCCGCCUGCACUCGAGCCACUGCCACUGCCACUGCCACUCAGGUGACCCACUUCGGCCACGCUAGAGCCGAUUCAAUUUUUUCCUCCUGCGACUCCGUCCAGUUCUUAUCGCUAUCGCACAGAUAGAAUUCAGACAAGAAACACCCAACCCCAAACUCCUAUCAAGUGGAAAUGGCGACGAUAGCUAACAACCACGAAACCCAACAGCCCACCUGCCAGAACUGUACCACCUCAACGACGCCGCUUUGGCGACGUGAUGAGAUCGGCUCGGUGCUGUGCAAUGCCUGCGGACUCUUCCUGAAGCUGCAUGGUCGGCCUCGACCGAUAAGCCUGAAGACAGAUGUUAUCAAGAGUCGGAAUCGCGUCAAGAGCUCAGGCUCGGGCAUGACGCAAGGCAUGAAGAAGAAGGUGUGUUUUUGGUCUGCCAGCUGGUCGUUGCUUUGUGCUAAUUGCGCCGCAGAGUGUCCUUGAUGUCAAUGGCGACCAGUCGUUUAUGCAAUCGCGAUCGCAAGCAGGAACACCCCCACCUGGAUCCUUAGGACAACCACAUCGUCGUACCUCACAGAAGUCUGCGAACGGUCAUUCCGACGGCUCCAACUCUCCUAUAUCGCGAUCGCAAACACCUUCGAUGUUCACAAACCAUAUGCAGCCAUUCAAUGGCCAUGGAAUGGAGGAUCACUUUCAUCACCAAUCCCCCUCAUUACCUGCGUUACAUCUUCGACAACCCUCCCCGGGACGAUCUACCUCGCCAUUAAAUGGAGCCUCGGGUCUCGAAGUACCUCAAACCUAUGAGCAGCUUAUCGCCAACAAUACGGCGCUCAAGACGCGUGUUAGCGAACUCGAGCUCAUCAAUGAGCUAUUUCGUGGAAGAGUCACACAGUUGGAACAGGAUGAAGCCAAUGCCAGACGUGGGGAGGAUAUGCGCAGAGAGUCGGAGGUUGCAUUGCUACAACGGCUCGAGGAAUCGCAACGUCGUGAGAACCAGUUGAAGCACCGUCUAGAUACUCUCGAGGAGCAAUUGGGUGAACAGCGUGAUGAAGCACCACGUGCGAAGAAAAUGCGUGUCUCAGAUAUUGUUGGAGACAGUGAAGCUUCUACCCCGCAAUCCACUACUUAAGACCGUGCCCAACCAGGUUAUGGUCCAUUGUUCUUCCUGGAUCUUCAGCACUUUGAUACUGCUUUUUCUGACAUGCAUCCAUCGUUGCUACUCCACUCUCAAAAACUAGCGGCUUGGUGAUACAGCUCUAGUGAAGAUUCCAGCUCUUCUAUCUUGCUUUUUCUUUCUCGAUGAUACCACCAAUAACGAAGUUUUCUUUUCUCUAGUUGAAUGCCCAAGGGCCCACUAUCUACGGGCACUAUUGUUCUGUUGCAGCCUAGCCAAAUCCGGAAACUUUUGGGCAUCAACCUAAUGUACUACAACCACCAUCAGAUGCAUCACGUUACAUUGCAGCAUUUCUCAUUUCGAGUCUUUUUUCUUCUCUUUUUUCCUCUUCCCUCCAAAAGUUUCGCCUUCAAUCAUAGGCUUUCGACGGUGUAACCGGACCACGGGGGUUCUUACAACAGCACAUAUAAUAAUGCUCAACUUAAUAAUACACCACAACGCCAAAUUUUUUCACAAGGACAACAAGUCCACGGCCCACUCGCGUUACCGCCUUUAACGUGUCCACACGUUUCUACAUCAAUCUUUUUGCCCCGGGACAUGGAUAGAUAAGGAAAAAUGGGGGUAAUCAAAUCGGGUAAUGGCCGAAAAAUUUCGGGGAGGUCUCUGCUCUUUUCUUUUAUCUAUUGGUCGAUGAAUAGGAUUUGGUCCUGGGGGUGGGAUGGAAUGUAAUAUAAU